AGGAGCACAGAGAGGAGAGGCAAGGGGGAGAGAGAGACAGAGGGAGAAGGAGAGAUAGAAGAGAGACAGAGUUUCAGAAAGGGAGGCAGGGCUGGGUCCAGCUCAGAAAUCCUGAGGCUUCCCUUAGGCAGGCAGAGGCUGCCCUGGGACCUGCCAGGACAGGCCGACAGUGCCCAUGAGCUCCAACGUGGCUGCAGCGGUGCCGGCGGCCGUGUCCGCCUCCAGGAAGGAGUCUCCAGGCAGGUGGGGCCUGGGGGAGGAGCCGACAGGCGUGGGCCCCUCGCUCCAGUGCCGCGUGUGUGGGGACAGCAGCAGCGGGAAGCACUAUGGCAUCUACGCCUGCAACGGCUGCAGCGGCUUCUUCAAGAGGAGCGUGAGGCGAAGGCUCAUCUACAGGUGCCAGGUGGGGGCAGGGAUGUGCCCGGUGGACAAGGCCCACCGCAACCAGUGCCAGGCCUGCCGGCUGAAGAAGUGCUUGCAGGCGGGCAUGAACCAGGACGGUGAGUCAAGAACCCCAUCCCGGAGAGGCAUGGCAGAAGAGAUGGGGGUGCAUGAUCCGUGGGGUGUCCUGACCCUUCCCACCUCCCCAGCCGUGCAGAAUGAGCGCCAGCCACGGAGCACUGCCCAGGUCCGAAUGGACAGCGUGGAGUCAGAAAUGGAGCCCCGGCUGGAGCCCCUGGCGACCCCACCGGCCCUCGCAGGGCCCAGCUCUCGGGGGCCCACACCUGUGUCUGCAGCCAGAGCCCUGGGAUCCCAGGCCCUCACACCUCCGGGGCACCACCACUUCAUGGCUAGCCUGAUAACAGCCGAAACCUGCACUAAACUGGAGCCUGAGGAUGCCGACGAGAAUAUCGAUGUCACCAGCAAUGAUCCCGAGUUCCCCUCGUCCCCAUACUCCUCCUCCUCUCCCUGUGCCCUGGACAGCAUCCAUGAGACGUCUGCUCGCCUGCUCUUCAUGGCCGUCAAGUGGGCCAAGAACCUGCCAGUGUUCUCCAACCUGCCCUUCCGGGAUCAGGUGAUCCUGCUGGAAGAGGCAUGGAGUGAACUCUUCCUCCUUGGAGCCAUCCAGUGGUCUCUGCCUCUGGACAAUUGCCCACUGCUGGCCCUGCCCGAGGCCUCUGCUGGCGGCAGCUCUCAGGGCCGACUGGUGCUGGCCAGUGCGGAGACUCGAAUCCUGCAGGAAACCAUCUCACGGUUCCGGGCACUGGCAGUGGACCCCACAGAGUUCGCCUGCAUGAAGGCCCUGGUCCUCUUCAAACCAGAAACACGCGGCCUGAAGGAUCCUGAGCACGUGGAGGCCUUGCAGGACCAGUCUCAGGUGAUGCUCAGCCAGCACAGCAAGGCCCAUCACCCCAGCCAGCCUGUGAGGUUUGGGAAAUUGCUCCUGCUCCUCCCGUCUUUGAGAUUUAUCAGUUCUGAACGUGUUGAGCUCCUCUUUUUCCGCAAGACCAUAGGGAAUACUCCAAUGGAGAAGCUCCUUUGUGACAUGUUCAAAAACUAGUGGAAGUAGAAAUAAAAUGAGUGCAACCACUCUGUGAAGCAAUCUACUGAAGCUAAAAAUCUGGGCUACCCUUAGAUUCAGCAGUUGCACUCAUGGAUAUGUGUACCUGUCAGAAAUGUCCACCAAAAGAAUGUUUGAAGCAGCUUUUUUCAUAACAGCCCCAAACUGUACAGUGAUAGCAGGGUGGACUAAUAAACUGUGGUCUAUUCA